AUGGUCAAUACCUUCUCUGGGAGCGGCCCGGCACACGCUCAGCCCUCACUGCCCUCAUUACCCGCCCACUUACAGUCCGAUACACAUCUCACGGCCCAUCUCGCGAGCCGGUUUCAUGUCGGAUUACCGACUGCCCACCUGUCGUCUCAGGCCCUCAUUGCUCUGAAUACAUAUACAUCAGCGACCAAAGGACCGGAUGGCGGAAAAGAGGGAAGUGCUGCGGGCGAGGCUGAAGACCUCGCGCGCCGCGCCUUCACCCGUCUAGGUGCACGCGCUGAGAACCAAGCCGUUGUAUUCCUAGGAGAGAGCGGAUCUGGAAAAACCACCAUUCGCUCGCACUUGUUGUCUUCGUUCUUAUCCUUUUCAUCAACCCCGCUCUCCUCGAAACUCUCAUAUGCCGCCUUUGUAUUCGACACUCUCACAACCACCAAAUCCGUCACUACACCCACCGCGUCAAAAGCUGGUCUCUUCCUUGAGCUUCAAUAUGAUGGAUCAUCCUCCGUGAACCCCACCUUGAUCGGUGGUAAGAUCAUUGACUACCGAUUGGAGCGAAGCCGAAUCUCUUCGGUGCCCACAGGAGAGCGAAGCUUCCAUGUGCUGUACUAUUUGCUAGCUGGAACAAGUGCGGCGGAGAAGUCACACUUGGGAUUUGAGAAUAGCAUCCAUGUUCAAACUGGUAGCAGGCUGUCUGGGGGAACUGUCAGCCACAAACGCUGGCGCUAUCUCGGUCAUCCAACCCAGCUCAAGGUCGGAAUCAAUGAUACGGAGGGCUUCCAGCAUUUCAAAACCGCGCUGCGGAAGUUGGAAUUCUCCCGGGGGGAAAUCGCCGAGAUCUGCCAGAUCCUGGCCAGUAUCCUGCACAUUGGACAACUCGAAUUCGCCACGGGUCAGUCUACCACCACCGGCGCGGAAGAAAGUGGCGGCUAUUCUCACGAGGGUGGUGAGACUGUAACGGUGGUGAAGAACAAGGAUGUCCUCGACAAUGUCGCCGCAUUUUUGGGUCUCAGUGUUGAUGCUCUGGAAAAUAGCCUUGGUUACCGGACGAAGACAAUCCACCGUGAGCGUGUGACGGUCAUGCUCGACCCGAAGGGAGCGCGAGAGAAUGCUGAUGCAUUUGCACGUACUAUUUAUUCGCUCUUAGUGACCUACGUUAUUGAAACAGUGAACCAAAGGCUCUGUGCAGCCGAGGACAGUGUUGCCAACACCAUCUCCAUUGUUGAUUUCCCCGGGUUCGCUCAAGCUCCUUCCACAGGGUCUACUCUCGAUCAGCUUCUCAGCAAUGCCGCAACUGAAUCGCUCUACAACUACUGCCUUCAGUCAUUCUUUGACCACAAGGCAGAUAUCCUGGACCGCGAGGAGAUCACUGUGGCCGCGACAAGCUAUUUUGAUAACACGGAUACCGUGCGCGGACUGCUGAAGCACGGCAACGGUUUGUUGAGUAUUUUGGAUGACCAGACCCGCCGUGGAAGAUCGGAUGCGCAGUUCCUGGACAGCGUGCGAAAGCGCUUCGAGAACAAGAACCCCGCCAUCUCUGUCGGUGGCACCAGUGGAUCAGGUGGCUAUAUGUCCCAGACCCGGAGUGCGUUCACUGUCAAGCAUUUUGCCGGCGAGGUGGACUACUCCACCACCGGCCUGCUUGAGGAGAAUGGAGAAGUUAUCUCGGGAGAUCUGAUGAACCUGGUGCGCUCCACCCGAAGUGACUUUGUGCGCGAAUUGUUCCAUCAGGAAGCUCUGCAGACCAUAUCCCAUCCGCAAGAAAAGACUGCCAUCAUGCAGGCUCAGGUGAGCUCAAAGCCACUGCGGAUGCCUAGCAUGGCCAGACGCAAGACAGGUCCCCAGUCUCGUUUCGCUGCGCCGAGUGCCCACCCCGAAAGUGAGGACGGUGACGAACAUGAAAGCCAAGUUGCAGGUUCCAAGCGAGCUAACGGCCGGAAGAGCGGAAUGCCUUCCGGCCCGGCUCAGGGGGCCGCCGGUCAGUUCCUUUCUGGCCUGGAGAUUGUGAACAAAUGCCUGAGCUCCUCAAACCUCAAUCCGUAUUUCGUCAUCUGUCUCAAGCCGAAUGAUCGUCGCAUUGCCAAUCAGUUCGACAGCAAGUGUGUGCGGAUGCAGGUCCAAACAUUCGGUAUCGCCGAAAUCAGCUCGCGGCUGCGGAACGCCGAUUAUAGUGUCUUCCUUCCGUUCGGAGAGUUCCUUGGUCUCGCUGACAUCGGGAAUGUUGUGGUGGGAAGCGACCGCGAAAAGUCUGAAGUUGUUCUCGACGAAAAGCGAUGGCCUGGCAACGAAGCUCGUGUCGGUAGCACUGGCGUUUUCUUGAGCGAACGAUGCUGGGCCGAUAUCGCCAAAGUGGGCGAGCGCGUGGUACCGUCCUAUGGAAAUGCUGGUGCUGAUGAAGGCGAUGGGUUCCAAACCGCCGGUGGAAACCCGGACUCCAAACUCCGACUUCUUCACCCCACCGACCAGUCUCCAGGUGCUUUUAUCUAUGGAGAUGAUCCCAAACAGGGAUACUUUGGCAGCCGCGAACUGGAUGGACGCUCUGAUGCAGGAGGUUCCGCGUUCAACUCCGGUGAUAUGUUCAAAAACCUUGACACAAAAGAGCAAAUGCUUGAGAAGAACAACGAAAAGAAGAUGGAGGAGGUCGACGAGGCUCCAAUCUCUGCGGGUCGUCGUCGUUGGAUGUUCCUGGUCUAUCUCCUCACAUUCUUCAUUCCCGACUUCGUCAUUCGGUUCGUUGGGCGAAUGAAGCGCAAGGACGUGCGAAUUGCCUGGCGUGAAAAGCUUGCUAUCAAUAUGAUCAUUUGGUUCGCCUGUGGUGUAGCAGUUUUCAUGAUUGUGGGUUUCCCUGGAGUAGUUUGUCCAACUCAGGAUGUUUACAACACGGCAGAGCUCAGCGGCAAGAAUGGCAAGGGUUCAGCAGAGUCUUAUGUUUCCAUUCGAGGCGUGGUAUUCAACCUCGGAGAUUUCAUGCCAUCCCACUUCCCUGAUAUCGUUCCCCAGAAGUCACUCAAGGCCUAUGCAGGCACUGACGCCACCAAUCUUUUCCCUGUUCAAGUCUCGGCUUUGUGCCAGGGUGUCAAUGGGAAAGUGGAUGCCAGCGUGCCAUUGGACUAUCGAUCAAAUUUGAACGAUUCCGCAGUCACAGCGUCCAGCUCCACCUUUGAUGUUAACGCCAAGUACCACGAUUUCCGCUCUUGGACUAACGACUCCCGAGCUGAUUGGUUCUAUGAGCAAAUGCUCAUGAUGCGCUCGAAUUACAAGAAAGGCUACGUUGGUUAUACUUCAAAGGCAAUCAAGAAGCUGGCGGUCGAUGAUUCCAAGAAAGUUGUCAGUAUCCACGGGAGGGUCUACGACAUGACCUAUUACAUUGCUGGGCCCCGAGUACCUCGCUGGCCAGCCGGGAAGAACGGCACGGGCAAUGUUGAUACUGAUUACAUGAGCCCUUUGAUUGUCGAUAUCUUCCAGGGAAAGCCCGGAGAGGAUGUGAGUAAGUAUUGGGAUGAGUUGAAUUUCGACACGGCACUCAGGUCCCGAAUGCAACUUUGCCUUGACAACCUGUUCUUCAUUGGCAAGGUCGACACCCGAGACUCCGUUCGCUGUCAGUUUGCGCGGUACUUCAUUCUUGCAAUCUCGAUCAUGCUUGUUAGCAUUAUUGGCUUCAAGUUUUUGGCUGCAUUGCAAUUCGGAAAGAAGAAUCUCCCGGAGAAUCUGGACAAGUUCAUCAUUUGCCAAGUUCCGGUGUAUACCGAAGACGAAGAGUCAUUGCGUCGUGCUAUGGACUCUAUGGCUCGCAUGCGCUAUGACGACAAGCGCAAACUACUGCUCGUUAUUUGUGAUGGUAUGAUUAUUGGCCAGGGCAACGAUCGUCCGACUCCCCGCAUCGUCCUCGACAUUUUGGGUGUACCCGAAUCUGUCGAUCCCGAACCCCUCAGCUUCGAGAGUCUAGGCGAGGGUAUGAAGCAGCAUAACAUGGCAAAGAUUUAUUCUGGUCUCUACGAAGUGCAGGGCCACAUCGUUCCUUUCCUGGUCGUUGUAAAAGUUGGCAAGCCUUCUGAAGUGUCCCGUCCUGGUAACCGCGGAAAACGUGAUUCCCAGAUGGUUCUUAUGCGCUUCCUCAACCGUGUUCACUACAACCUGCCCAUGAGCCCCAUGGAGCUUGAGAUGCAUCAUCACAUCCGGAAUAUCAUUGGCGUUAAUCCGCAAUUCUACGAGUAUAUUCUACAGGUCGAUGCUGAUACCAUGGUGGCACCCGAUGCGGCCACACGGUUUGUUUCGGCAUUCCUCUCUGAUACGCGUCUCAUCGGCUGCUGUGGAGAGACGUCUUUGUCUAACGCCAAGACCUCUAUCGUGACAAUGAUCCAGGUUUAUGAAUAUUACAUCUCUCACAACCUGACCAAGGCAUUCGAAAGUUUGUUUGGAUCCGUCACUUGCUUGCCCGGUUGUUUCACUAUGUAUCGCAUCCGCACAGCGGAGAACGGGACACCUCUCUUUGUUAGCAAGGCUGUGGUCGACUCGUACUCGGAAAUCCGCGUCGAUACCCUCCACAUGAAGAAUCUGCUGCACCUUGGUGAAGAUCGGUACUUGACGACACUUCUUCUCAAGCAUCACCCGAAGUUCAAGACAAAGUAUAUCUUCCGGUGCCAUGCCUGGACAGUUGCACCGGAAAGCUUCGCUGUCUUCCUUUCCCAGCGUCGCCGAUGGAUCAAUUCUACGGUUCACAACUUGAUGGAAUUGAUUCCGCUGCAACAGCUGUGUGGUUUCUGCUGUUUCAGUAUGCGAUUCAUCGUGCUCAUCGAUCUGCUCAUGACCGUCAUUCAGCCAGUCACGGUUGCCUACAUCGCUUACCUGAUCUAUUGGUGUGUGAGUGAGCCAGAUGUGCUGCCUAUCACCUCUUUUAUUCUUCUUGGUGUCAUCUACGGUCUACAGGCCUUGAUCUUCCUCGUUCGGCGUAAGUGGGAAAUGAUCGUCUGGAUGUUGAUCUACCUCCUAGCCAUUCCCAUCUUCUCCCUUGCUCUGCCACUGUAUUCCUUCUGGCACAUGGACGACUUCUCCUGGGGUAAUACGCGUAUUAUCACUGGAGAGAAAGGUCGCAAGGUUGUCAUUUCCGACGAAGGCAAAUUCGACCCCGACUCCAUUCCCAAGAAAAUUUGGGAAGACUACCAAGCCGAGCUGUGGGAAUCGCAGACUUCGCGCGAUGACCGAUCUGAGUUCUCCGCUCACUCAUACGGCACCAGACUGCCUCCCUUCCCGCAGUCAGAGUAUGGGUUCCAUACCGGCUCGCGCCCGGCCUCGCAGCUCGACUUGCCUCUUGGGGGCGGUGGCACUCGUUACUCGGUCGCCCCGUCUGAAAUGAUGAGCAACUUUGGCAUGGAAGACCUCAGCCAUCUACCUCCUGAUGAUGAGAUUCUCGAAGAGAUCCGCAAGAUCUUGGCUACUGCAGACUUGAUGAAGGUCUCGAAGAAGACCGUCAAACAGGAGCUUGAAAGACGGUUCGAUGUCAACCUGGACGCCAAGCGGCCAUACAUCAAUUCUGCCACCGAAGCCGUUUUAUCGGGUAUUCUUUGA